CGCAGCUGGACGCGGGGAGGGGGCGGCGGCUGCACAGCUGGACCGAAGGGGGCGGGGUCGGUCCCAGCAACUGGCUGAGGGGAGGGCCGCAAGCCACCAGGGACCGAAGCAUGGGACAGCGCGCCUGAAGGAGCAGUCCGGGGCGGAGGGGGCCUGGGACCCCGAAAGGAAAAGAGAGACGGGUGAGAGCAGAGGAGGAAGAUGCAACUGACCCGCUGCUGCUUCGUGUUCCUAGUGCAGGGCAGCCUCUAUCUGGUCAUCUGCGGCCAAGAGGAUGGGCCCCCUGGCUCAGAGGACCCUGAGCAUGAUGACCAUGAGGGUCAGCCUCGGCCUAGGGUGCCUCGCAAGAGAGGUCACAUUUCACCUAAGUCCCGCCCCUUGGCCAACUCCACCCUUCUAGGGCUGCUAGCCCCACCCGGGGAGGUUUGGGGUAUCCUUGGGCAACCCCCCAACCGCCCCAAACAAAGUCCCCUACCCUCGACCAAGGUGAAAAAAAUAUUUGGAUGGGGUGAUUUCUACUCCAACAUCAAGACAGUGGCCCUGAACCUGCUGGUCACAGGGAAGAUUGUGGACCACGGAAACGGGACCUUCAGCGUCCACUUCCGCCACAACGCCACGGGCCAGGGUAACAUCUCCAUCAGCCUUGUACCCCCCAGCAAAGCUGUGGAAUUUCACCAGGAGCAGCAGAUCUUCAUCGAAGCCAAGGCAUCCAAAAUCUUCAACUGCCGGAUGGAGUGGGAGAAGGUAGAACGGGGCCGCCGGACCUCACUCUGUACCCACGACCCAGCCAAGAUCUGUUCCCGAGAUCACGCUCAGAGCUCCGCUACCUGGAGCUGCUCCCAGCCCUUCAAAGUCGUCUGCGUCUAUAUUGCCUUCUAUAGCACGGACUAUCGACUGGUGCAGAAGGUGUGCCCAGAUUACAACUACCACAGUGAUACCCCCUACUACCCAUCUGGGUGACCUAGAUGGGCCACAGAGGCCUGUGCAGGAGGCUGGCUGUCUGGACACUGGGCAGGGAAAGGGAUGGGCCUCAGGAAGGGAGGGGGUGGAGAGGAAGAGAGGCCAGGUGGGUCAGGGUCAGG